AUGGGUCCGCGACGCCGCGUCGACGCCGGUCGACGCCGGGCGACGACGGCGAUGCCGACCGCGUCGCGCGAGCGCGACGACGGACGCGUCCGCCGACGCCGCGGCGACGGGGCGAACGUGCACGCGAGCGAGGGGCGAUUCGCCGCACCGCGCGCGCGGGCGCUCACGGACGGCACGGUGGGGACGGAGAGGAACGACGACGCGUGGUGGCGCGCGCUGGACGACGACGCGUGCGAUCCGAUCACGCUGGAACCGUUUAAUCGCAUGGCGGUCGCGCCGUUCGAGAUGCUGGCGGAAGAGGGGGGGACGCGGGCGGAGAACGCGAGACGCGGGUACAUGUUCGACGGCGAAACCUUGGCGGAGUACGUGACGUCGAGUAAGUGCUUUGAGAAUCCGUUGACGCGGGCGGAAAUGAGUCGGGAGCAGUGUCGAGCGCUCGAUGGAUACCUCGCGAAGUGGAAAUUGAGGAAGUUUAGCGUGGAGAAGGCGUUUAACGCGGCGCGGCGGGAGAAGUUGGACGCCGAGGCGACGGCAGCGAGACGGAGCGAGGAACAGCGGGCGAAUAUGGCGCGCGAGCGCGAGGAGUUGAGAGUGACGUUAGCGAGGACGAUGUUUACGUCGAUUCGGGAGCGGGCGGCGGCGGAGCGGGCGGGCGGAGCGGGCGGGCGCGGUAGGAGACGGGACGGCGGCGGCGUGCGGCGAUCGACGUCUGUUCAGGACGCGCUCACGGAGAUUCAGGCCGAGGGACGAUUCGCUCUCGUGGACGACGAUGUGGCGAUGUUACGAGAUGUCUCUCUGGCGGACGGUCACGGCGCGAACGGCGGACCUCGACCGCAGGAUUACAUCAACGUCGCGUCCUGGGGCGGUUGGAGUCGACCGAGUCACAUCGAAAAUAGGGGAAACGACUUCCCUGCUCUCCCGGGGGCGUCCUCUCGAGGUGGUGGAAGUGGUAACUGGGUACCUCCAGUGCCGGUCGCGGAUGAGUCUCACGGCGAGUCGUUUCCGACGCUCGGCGCCGGCUCCUCUAGAUCGACGCCGAGCUGGGGGACGUUCGCGCCGCGACAGAGCGCGGCUGAGCGCUUCCGUGCCAUCCCGCGGAAUACGGCCGCUAAUAUGUUUUCGAAAAGGGCUUCAAAUAUAAAGAACGGAUCGAGCGCUCCAAACGCGGCUACCACGGCGUCGACGUCGAAUGAGCAGCGAGCUUCCGAGCCCGCGGAUGAAGCGACGGCUCGCCGCAAUAAACUUGCCGACGCAUUCGGGAUAUCCAAGCCGGAUGAGCGUCCGAGUACGUUUGCCGAGUCUAGCGCGAGCGCUUUUACGCGCGCGCAGCUUCAGUUGGCGCGCAAGCACCCGGAAUUAGUGAAGCGCUUGGAGAAGACGCUCGAGGACAUAGUCAUGGGCAAGAGCAAGCGGCGCGUCUCGAUGGAGCCGAUGAAUCGCGAAAUGCGAGAGCUCUGUCACGUCGUCGCCGAGCUGUACGGCAUCACGUCUGCGAGCUUUGGAAGAGACCCAAACAGGCACAUAGACUUCUUCUACGGAACGUCUGGUGGGAACAAGGGCGGGACGCUUCCUUCGCUUCGCCUGAGCGACGCGAUGCUCAUUCAGAACCUCGAUGCGGCGCCGACGAAGGACUCUAUGGUGUCUAAAACACGCCCGACAGAGGAAACGGAGUACUUCGAUGGAUACACCAAGCACUUCUCCAAGGGCGAAUACGAGGAGCUGGCUCUCGUUUUCACGGACAUCGCGGUGGGCGUCUCGGGCGUUCGAUCGGCGUUGCGCGAAUUCUCAGGAAGCUACGUCAUGCAAGAGAUCGAUGAGGACCAUUUAGUGGCUCACUUUUGGAAGCACGGGGCGUUGCUCCAGGCGAGCGGAAAGCUCGGCGGUGGGAUGCGCGGAAAGUUUCGCGUCAAGCUCGUGGAGAAGAAGUGCAAAGGCAAAGAGACGUCGGAGGAAGAGGCUUCCGAGGUGACGUCGUCGUCUACUAGCGCACGGCUCUUUCGCGCAUCGACAUCUUCUCGAGUCGCAUCGAAAGCGCCGGCUGAGGGACAGGCCGCCAUCGACGAAGCACUCGACAUGUUUGGUUUCUAG